AUGGCUCCAAAAACUGGUGAAAAUAAUUUGAUUGAUUCAGCAACACAAUCACAUAACGAAGGAAAUUCAUUGUCUGCAAAUGACCAAAAAGAGGAAAUUUGGUCUUCCAUUUUAAAAAGCGUUGCUUCUUCAAAAAUAACUCCAAGUAAAAGCAUACUGAUUUUAGGUGACAGAGAAUCAGGAAAAUCAACUCUUAUUAGACAUCUUAAGGGUGAAGAAGAAGAGGAUGCUUUUGAAGCACCAAUGGUUAAUGGCGGUGCUCUUCCAAAUGGUGUCAAGAAUGAAGCUGAUGAAAAAAAUGAAUUUGAAAAGAAAACAAAAGAUAAUGACUUGGCAUUAAGUUUUACUUAUGUUGAAGUUAAAGAUGAUGAGGCAGAAGAUACCCUUGCUCGUCUUGGAAUAUAUCAACUUGCUGGUUCUGAAGAUGCUUAUCGGCCACUUCUUAAAUUUGCUCUUAAUUAUAAAACUCUUCCAGAUUCACUUGUAGUAAUUGUUUUAGAUUGGACACGUCCUUGGACUUUUAUUGAAACAUUACAACGAUGGAUUAAAUUUAUUGAAUCGAGUAUUAAGGAUGUAUGUAGUGAAGGAGGCACUGGUUCAAAAUCUGGUUGGACCAAGGGAAAAGCUGUUGUUGAUGAGUUAAAAGAAUCACUUGAACGUUUUAUUCAAAAAUACACUGAGCCAGCCGAUCCUAAUAAUGUUACUAAUGAAUUACCUUUAGGGCCUGGUACUUUGACUACAAAUUUAGGUAUUCCGAUUGUAGUAGUUUGUACUAAGUCUGAUUAUGUUGAACGUGAAUUUGAUUAUAAGGAAGAGUUGUUUGAUUUCAUACAGCAAUCUUUAAGAACCAUUUGUCUUAAAUAUGGAGCUGCACUUUUUUACACAACAAUUCGUCAAGAACAAACAUUUACUGACUUACGACAAUAUAUUCUUCAUAGACUACUUGGUACAAAAGCGUUAUCAGGUGAUGCAAAGGCAACAUAUGCCUUCAGUAAAAAAGCUCAUGUUGUUGAUCGCGACACAGUGAUGGUCCCUAGUGGUUGGGAUUCUUGGGGAAAGAUUAAAAUUUCAAAAGAAGGAUUUGAUUGUGAGGGUUUACUUAAUGGUUGGGACUUAGAUAUGGGUUAUAGGGAUUCAUCACCACAAGAAGGUGAAGAAAUUGUCAGCUCCAAAAAAAUUUAUGAAGAUACCCCACUCUCAGUUCAAACACUUAUUGAAGCAGAAGAUGAACAAGAAUUCUUUAAAAGGCAUUUUGAUACCUUACAGAAAGCCAAUAAUGAAAGACCACCAUCAGUUGUUGGUCCAAUGGGUGCUCCUCAAUAUACAUAUGGAAAUAUUGGUGCUGAGAUUCCUGAUCUUGACUCUGCCCCAGUCGAAAAUUUACCUGUCAGACCAACAAAGACAAAGCCUGCCGCAGCUAUACCAGCGCCAACAGCACCAAUUACAAGUGGAAUCACGGUUGCGCCUAACAAUGCAUCUCAACCUAAUCAAAACGAAGUUCUUGCCAACUUCUUCCAAGCUUUACUCAUCAAAAAAGGCACAGCAGCAUCAUCAUCACCUUCAUUAAAGUUAGGUAAUUAUUAG